AUGACACAUUAUGUAUUGCUUCUCUGUUCAUUUAAAGAACAACUCCAGCAGCAUGUGCGUGUUCAUGCAAUGGAAGCAGUGAUGGGUUGUUGGGAGCUUGAACAAUCCUUACAAAGUCUAACAGGGGCAUCUCCUGGUGAAGGCACUGGGGCGACUAUGUCCGAUGAUGAAGAUAACCAAGUGGAUAGUGAGACCAACAUGUUUGAUGGAAACGAUGGGUCAGAUGGUAUGGGCUUUGGUCCCCUGAUAUUGACCGAGGGUGAACGGUCUUUGAUUGAACGUGUUCGGCAUGAGCUGAAGAGUGAGCUUAAACAGGGGUACAAAGAAAAGCUGGUUGAUAUCAGGGAGCAGAUCAACAAUUGGUUCAUCAACCAACGCAAAAGGAACUGGCACAGCAGCAACACAGCUUCCUCUAGCGAAAAGACCAAGAAGAAAAGAAACGUUACAGGUAAUGACGGCACGGAGCAAUCGUGGUAG